AUGACACUUUGGAUCACCUUGGAUGUGCUGUGGGCAAGACGGUGCAGUCAAAGUACCUGCGACACAGACCUGGGUCAAAGAGUCCAAGAUCACAUUGAGGAUGCCAUAGAGAGGCUGAAGCCACUCCACCCAGUACGACUCUACAUCUCCAGCAGGACAGAUUCAGGCGUCCACGCCCUCUCCAACUCCGCCCACUUUGAUUUUCAACGCAAAAACGAUAAGCCGCCAUUUACCGAAGAUGUCCUUGUCAAGGCUCUCAAUUUAAAGCUGGACAGGGAGCACAUCAGCAUCAACCAAGCCUAUCGAGUGGCAGCUGACUUCAGCGCCCGUUACCGCGCACUUUCCCGCACUUACGUCUAUCGCAUGGCCCUAGGUUGUCAAAUUCCCCUUGUGGAGCGCAACAUGUGCUGGAAUCUCCACCACACGGAGCUGGAUGUCGGAGCCAUGAGGGAGGCGGCCGCCAUGUUGGUCGGGACUCACGACUUCAGCAGCUUCAGGGCCAACAACUCCGACAUAGUUUAUAAAAACCCUGUGAAGACGCUGGAAGUGGUCAGGAUAGACCCCGGGAGGGCCUUCGUCUGCGAGCAUUUCCACAGACACAUUCCAGUGUGGGAGCUGACCUUUCAAAGCCAGUCCUUUCUGUAUAAGCAGGUGCGUCGAAUGACCGGUGCUCUGGUGGCCGUGGGCCAGGGGAGACUCACUCUUCCCAAACUGAAAGAGAUGAUGGAGGCACGCCACUCUCUGGCCUAUCCUUCCAACAUGACUGCUCCACCUCAGGGCCUCUUCCUCACCAGGGUCAACUACAAAGAGUCCGAUCUCCUCCCGUCCCCACAAAGGUCCACUCAUCCUUCCACAGGAGUCUCAGAUGAGUAACAAUGUCAUUCCUUCAAGUGUAUACGCCACUUUAUUGGUUAAUACCGCAUGUGUUUCAGGACACAGAUAAACAUGUUUCAUUGCUACUAAAAUCAUACACGAGUGCAUCCUAGCUACACGUACAGGUGUGUCUUGUCAUACCAAAACAAGGAGUGUAACACUAGCAAAGGUUUGUCUACCAUGAAGAAAGUUGUUCACAAAGUAUACAUGCCAAUAAAACUGCAUACUUUCCUCACCUAAAAAGAGUUCACAGAUAAUCCUGCUAGCGUAAACAGUGGAUAGAAUAAAAGCAGACCACCACCAUGGUCACAUGAGGUUUGUUGAAGGUUCACUCACACCCGCAACUCUUUUAAGUCACCCACUUUGAACAAUUGAUGUCCAUUAAAGUUGAAUGUGGGUCUUAUUUUGCACUUCUCAGAAGUGACCCUAUGGAUAAAUCAAUCACACUUUGUAUCAUUUCAAAGGCCGACACGUCACCUUUUGUUACGACCGUAUGGUACAUCCCUCAACUCAGCAUUGGGCUCAAGAGAAUUCCUUAUUGAAAACAUCAAGUCCUAUUCAGCCCGAUAUUUGAGAUCAUCAAUAAGAAAAAUCAUAUGUAUAAAUAAUGCACUUGAGCGGUGUAUUUAUCUCUCACAAUGGUCAAGAAGUGUGUCGUUUUUGCGUGAAUAAGAAAAGUCCAACCCUGGUUGAGGAGAGAAAACAAAUCAGACCUGAAUGCUCCAAAGCUUUAUGUGCAAAAUGUUUCAAAGCUAAAAGCUAGCAUAAAGUGAUGGAGACAGAAAUGUGAUCUCUAUCGGCAGCCUUUUUGGCAAGAGGCUAUGCACCCUGAAUCUAGUGUGGUGUGAGCACAGGUGUACGAGCAGCAGCAUACCCAACUUCACCCUUCCUACUGUGGCCCUGGGAGGGAAGAUACAUUCACUCCAAAGGAACCGCCGUGUCUAAUUGCUUUUUUUUUGGAUGGGGGAAUCUUGACGUUUACAAAAUACAUCACUUUUUAAGCAUUACAACUUUAUUCCAAGAUGUAAAAAGAGUGAAAUGGGGUAUGUUUCACACACCAAACACCUGUAGCCUCAAGUCCCUGUCAUGUGUGAACGUGCAGAAACUAAAAGAGAAACCUAAAACAUAGUAGAAAUGUACAUCACUUUCUUUAUUUUAGCCGGCGAUCUUCUCUAUUUCGUCCAGGUCAUCAGUGUCCAGCUUUUCAAUUUUCUUAUCUGCAAAGACAAAGUGCAGGGUUAGUGGUGUCCUUUGUUUGCUAUCACACAAAAUGCAACAUGACAGGUCGUAUUCGCCUGAGGCUCCAAGUGGUGGUCAAGGGAGUGUCGUAGUGUUCAAGGCACAAUUUAGCCUUUCUCCAAGAAAAAUGCCCUAUGCUUGCAUUGUUUCAGGCUGUUGGAACCGUUCAAAUGGCCAAAAGGAUAAACGUUUCUUCAGAGUUCCUCGGAAGAGUGCAAGAUUUGACCAAAAAAGUAAAGUAGGACGCAUUCCAGUCCAAGGGAGCAGAGUGGAAGAACGCAGAAGUUUGCAGUGAUUACUUUGUUUGAUAUCAUUGUAACGUUUAUUAUUUCGACAUUAUUUGCGUUUUAUAUUGUCUAGGAGUCCUUGAAACCUGUUAAAAAAUGUUUCAUAAACUCGCCAAGUCUCUAUUAAAUGAAUCAAAUAUGAGUAGAACCUAAAAGAGUAAGAGAGGAACGGCACUUUUUUUUUUUGUAAUCAUUCACAAUCAUGAGAUAAGAACACACCCCUUUUUUUUUCCUUUCUUAAUGAUAAAAAAAACGCUUGGAAGAUGCAGCUAAUUGGAAUGUAGUAAGAGACACCUUUAUAACAAUAUGUAAUAUGUACACUGCAAGUAUAUAUAUUAUGUAAUAAUAGACACCUUCAUAACAAUAUGUAAUAUGUACAAUAAACACACUGCAAGUAUAUAUAUAAUGUAGUAACAGACACCUUCAUAACAAUAUGUAAUAUGUACAAUAAACACACUGCAAGUAUAUAUAUAAUGUAGUAACAGACACCUUCAUAACAAGAUGUAAUAUGUACAAUAUACACACUGCAAGUAUAUAUAAUGUAAUAAGACACCUUUAUAACAAUAUGUAAUAUGUACAAUAAACACACUGCAAGUAUAUAUAUAAUGUAGUAACAGACACCUUCAUAACAAGAUGUAAUAUGUACAAUAUACACACUGCAAGUAUAUAUAUAAUGUAGUAACAGACACCUUCAUAACAAGAUGUAAUAUGUACAAUAUACAAACUGCAAGUAUAUAUACAUAUAUAUAAUGUAGUAACAGACACCUUCAUAACAAGAUGUAAUA